AGCUCGCACGGCUUCAGGGAGCGAGUCGACGCCGUGAACUCGGGCAAUGUUCGGCCCACGGAGGACGUUAGCGCAGUUUGUGACGUCACGAAGAAAAAGAUCGUUCGUAAUAUGCAGUAGUGAAAAGUCAUCGGCAUCGACGCGGCAUUAUUGCUCGUCGAGACAACAGUGACACGCGAUGAGCCUGUGACUCGCUUGUUGUGAACUGUGCCAAAUCAGUCGCGAAAUGUGUGACAGUGAAAAGUGAAGUAGUGGUGGUUGCUCGGCCGAGGAUUAUUCCAAAGACUCCUAUAGCAGCGGUCGGCCCGGUAUUGCACAAUCCCCGGGAUCUGCCCCCGCAUUCCGGCCCACGCAUCGUGAUACGGACGUAAGCCGGCCAGGGUUACGCCCCUGGGAACGCCUGCGGGGGAUGCAUACGGGGGCUAGAGGAGCGGUUCUGUGAUGGCGUCGCCACUACGAGGAAGAAUGCUGCUCGCCGUUGCUGCCCUCGUGUGCGCAACACUCCUUUUUCUAUGCGGCUAUCAAAGCAGGACAUUCGGAGGUUGGAGGACGACGAACAGUGACUCACCGGUGGGCUGCCCGCAAUGGAAGCCACCACCAUCGGAAGAGACGUUCACUGAAGCCAAAGCUCCUGCGAUACCGACCGUGUACGUGGUCACACCCACGUAUCGUCGGCCGACCCAGAUGCCCGACUUGGUGCGCGUCGCCCAGGCUCUGAUGCUAGCCACGGGAGUUUUCUGGGUUCUUGUCGAGGACGCCAUCCAAACCACGGAAGCGGUGUCCCGCCUGCUCCGCGACUGCGGCCUCCCGCACGUCCACCUGCUAGGGCCCUGCCCGCCACACCUCAAAACGCGGUCCAAGGGCCGGGGUGUGUCCGCACGCCGGACGGCGCUCGCCUGGCUGCAGGCGAACGCCACGCUGCCUGGCGUUCUGUACUUCGCCGACGACGACAAUUCCUACGACCAUCGGCUGUUCGACGAGAUCCGGUGGACAGAGACUGUGAGCGUGUUUCCUGUUGGAUCCCUUUUGAGAACCGGAGUCAGUAGCCCCGUGGUGGUGGAUGGCAGCGUGAUAGGCUUUCACGACCCGAGCACCAAGGGGCGACGCUUCGCCGUCGACAUGGCCGGCUUCGCCGUCAACCUGCGUCUGGUGGUAAACAACACACACCUCUCUAUGCCCCACAGAGAAGGUCGCCAGGAGACCGAAUUCCUCGAAAGCCUCAACAUAUCGCUUGCAGACCUGGAGCCUCUGUGCGAUAACGCCACGAAGGUUCUAGUGUGGCACACGCAGUCAAAGCCAUCUGUGUUUCCGGAAGCACAACGAAUAAGGAGAGAAUUCCGACUUCUGAAGACUAAUCUCGACGCACUGCUACGUUACAUGAACUCUUAGUGAUUGAAACAAUUCAAGCGUGCGCGUAAAACUGAAAGUAUCCCAAGUGCGUUUUUUUUUCUCUGCAGCGCUCAUUUUACUCAUUGUGCUGGGAUGAAAUCGCGUUCAUUCAUGUCUCCGUCUGGAGAACGCUGCACCGAAGAUCGACACCCUGCUACAUAAAUUCUUCAAGACUCGACUGUCUCGUGAAUACGUCGAAAUACUAAAGGACGAUUUCUUUCUUGCCUUAUUUCUUUCUUUCUUCUUUGUUUCUCUAUUAUAACAUAAGAUGUACAAUUACAAAUCGAACACGAUGCUUUCUCUGAA